GAAAUUUAAUUUUGCGCGAAAAUGGAUCCAUCUAUUGUUGAGCAGACACUGAGAGAAUUAGAGCAAGAGCAGCAAGAAGAGGAGGUAGAAGUCAGCUUCAAAGAAAAUGCUCCCCAUCUCUACGACAUGAUUGUCAUUGAUAAAUCCCUUGAAUCAACCAGCCAUACUGUGCAAUGGCUAGAUAGAAGAGAAGAGUGUGUUGAAGACUCCAGAUUUACAACCGAGUAUUUCCUCAUGGGCACUCAUUUUGAAAAUGAUGAUAACGAAGGGGAAGGAAAUAGCCAAGCCACAGGAAUGACCACUGACUCUGUUAAGAUAUGCUCAGUCAACCUACCUAAAUUAGAUAAAGGAGUUGAGUUUGGUCCUAAUGAAACAGAGCUACAGAAAAGGAUGAGUAAAAUUCAAGUUCAUACAUCUAUUGAGCAUCCUGGCGAUGUUUCUAAAGCUAGAGCAAUGAUUGGAGAUUCGACAAAAGUAGCUUCGUUUACAAACUCAGGAGACAUCAACCUUUACGAUUUCAAAUUGAUGAAGAUGACAUUAGCUUUAAAGGGUCAUGGACAGUAUGGAUUUGGGCUAAAUUGGAUUCCUAACUUAGAUGGAUCACCUUCUCAUAAAUUAGUGACAGGAAGUAUGGACUCAACUGUGAAGCUUUGGGAUAUUAAUCAAGCUCCAGACCAAGAAGGAGCUAUCACAGCACUCUCAACUUUGACUAAUCAUACGAAGGAAGUUAAUGGAAUUGAUGUUCUUCUAACUCAGCCAGAUAUUUUUGCCUCAGUGAGUGAUGAUUCUACAUUAGCUCUUUGGGAUUCAAGAGAAUUGAGCACUCCAACAAUGCAAAUUAAAGCAUCAGAGAAUGGCUUGAAUGCUGUUGCCUUCAGUUAUUAUGAUGAUAACUGAAUCCUCACUGGAGGCCAAGAUAGCGGUGAAAUCUGGCUGUGGGAUAGAAGAAAGUUAAUCGAAAUGUAUCCAAUCUCAUCUUUCUAUGGACAUGAUAGAGCAGUAACAAACAUUACAUUCUCUCCAAUCCAGAAAAAUAUCUUCUGCUCUGGAGCACUUAUCCCUGAUGGUCAAGAAACUUCAGCAGGAGUCAACAACGGAGUAAUUAUUUGGGACAUUCUCAAAAUUGGAGAAGAGGUUGCUCACAAUGCUGAUGAAGAGUCUACUCUCUCUCCUUGUCUUGUUAUGACUCACGAUGGGCAUGAUCUCAAUGUUGAUGAUAUCUCUUGGAGUCCUUAUGAUCAGAGAACCCUUGCGACAGUUGAUGGAAACAAGUCAAUCAACAUCUUCCAGAUAUCUGAAGAACUAUUCAACAGACCAUAUCACUAUGAAAAGGAAUUUGAAGAUAUGGAGAUAGCAGCAUAACUAUUUUCAAUAAAAACAAUUGAAA